ACAUGCCCACCGUCGCGUAACGGCUGCGCUUCAUAUCGGCGUCGUGGUCUUGCAGCCAGCGAUCAGCCAACUCCGACACGACCGGUUCGUUCGUAUUCUCACUGCAACACUGUACCAUCGACAGUACGCUAAUUCCAAACAUUAUUUUAUCUCGACAAUUAUUGUAACAUGAUGCGCUUGGGUGAAUGGUGCUCUUGAGCGCCGGCAACAGUUUGCUGGCGUCCAAUCGAGAUAUGGACGGCAGUAAUGGAGCUAAGCAAGCCGAUAGUUGGCACAAACACGAACCUUUUAUGAUGGUUGAUAAGCAGAAAAACAAAGGUCAUGGACAAGGAUCUCAAGAUAGUAAUUUUGGUUUUGGUGGCGGUCCCUUGUAUGGAAGACUUGUUGCUGAAGACCAGUUACCUAUGGUUGGUGGUAUUGCUCCAGUACAUGCUGAUAUCCAUGCAAUGCAAGCUAGAAUACCACCUCAUUUUAGAGAUCCAUCAACUGCUCCAUUAAGAAAACUUUCAGUGGACUUGAUCAAAACUUAUAAAUUUAUUAAUGAGGUCUAUUAUGCUAAGAAAAAGAAAAGAGCUGGUGGUGGAGCAGUUGGAUUGAGUAGCCAACCUCAAAACAAUGGAGCCUCUAUGGAAGGUCCUGUAGCUAACAAGAAAGAAAGAAGAGUAUAUAAUGAUGGCCAUGAUGAUGAUAAUCAUGAUUAUAUAAUUAGAAGCGGUGAAAAGUUUUUGGAUCGUUAUGAAAUCAUGUCUUUACUGGGAAAAGGAUCAUUUGGACAAGUUGUAAAGGCUCGUGAUGAAGAAGAAGAUUGUUAUGUAGCUAUUAAAAUUAUAAAGAACAAAAAACCAUUCCUAAAUCAAGCUCAAAUUGAAGUUAGACUCUUAGAAAUGAUGAAUAGAGCUGAUGUUGACAACAAAUAUUACAUUGUUAAACUUAAGCGACAUUUUAUGUGGCGUAAUCAUUUGUGCCUGGUAUUUGAGUUAUUAUCAUAUAACUUAUACGAUUUGAUUAGAAACACCAAUUUUAAAGGUGUUUCUUUAAAUCUUACCCGUAAAUUUGCUGCUCAACUGUGCACGGCUCUGUUGUUCCUAUCCACACCGGACCUGUCCAUCAUACAUUGUGAUCUGAAACCAGAAAAUAUAUUGUUAUGCAAUCCUAAAAGAUCUGCAAUUAAGAUAGUAGACUUUGGUUCAUCUUGUCAACUUGGCCAAAGAAUUUAUCAAUAUAUUCAAUCACGUUUUUACCGUUCACCAGAAGUCUUACUCGGUAUUCCAUAUGACUUAGCGAUUGACAUGUGGAGCUUAGGAUGUAUAUUAGUAGAAAUGCAUACUGGAGAACCAUUGUUUAGUGGAACAAAUGAAGUUGACCAGAUGAAUAAAAUCAUUGAAGUCUUGGGAAUGCCACCUAAACAUAUACUUGACCAAGCGCAAAAAGCUUAUAAAUAUUUUGAUAAAAUGCCUGGUGUUGAAUCAUAUACGCUUAAAAAACCCAAAGAUGCUAAAAAGUAUAGAAAUCCUGGUGGUCGAAGAUUACAUGAUAUACUAGGUGUCGAAACCGGAGGUCCAUAUGCUAGACGAUUAGGUGAACCUGGACAUUCAGUAUCUGACUAUCUUAAAUUUAAAGAUCUUAUAGUUCGAAUGUUAGAUUAUGAUCCCAAAACUCGAAUUACUCCAUAUUAUGCAUUACAACAUAAUUUCUUUAAAAGGACUUCUGAAGAAAGCACCAACACAGCUAGUGGUAUUGCUCAAGCUGGACUACACAGCUUAGGUGCUAGUCCACCUUUUAAUAGUUUACCUAAUAAUAAUGGCCCAGGAGAUACAAAUGUGCAAUCAUCUGCAAUAAGAUUGCGAUCAGGUCAAUGUCGAGGUAGAACUACUAUGGAUUGUGACCCUCCGCCCAUCGCUUCUAUGUACCAUGGUUACCAAACAGCACCAAUGGUUAGACAUAAUUUACCUCACCAUGCUACUGUUUACCCUAUGAAUCCAGCAUCUGCAGCAGGUGCUAUGGUUCAUUGUCGACCCACCUCCUUGCCGUUCCUACAUCCACAACAUCACCCAUAUCAGCCGAUACAAUCACAACCUCCACGUUCAUUGCAUUCAUUGCAUAAUCACCCACCACCAUCAGUACAACAGCCUGUUGCUUGUGUUCCACCAUCCCAUUCCAAUCGGACAAAACAAGAGCAAGAUGACAUGAUUGGGGUAUGUAUAGGGCAGAGUCCAGUAGCAAUAAAUAUAACAUGAUCAAAUUGUAUUAAGUAAAGAUGAGAUGAUUUAUAUGUAAUUUUUUUUUUCAUGUAAAAAUCGAAUAACUGUGAUUUUUCUUAAAGGGAAGAGUAUAUAAUUUUUAAAACCAGGUGAUAGUAUUUGUGUUGAGUAGUGACAAAUUUGUUUUUUUUUUUAAAUUAAUUUGUUUUAAUUAAGACGAAAAUGACUUUUUUAACAGUUUUUUUAAAGAUCAUUUAUCAGUAUGUAUGUAUGUAAUUUAACAGAGUUUAAACAUUUGUGUUAACCUAUGUAAUAAAUGUAAUUGAAACUUAAUGUGUCAAACAUACUUGCCAUUUUUAUCUGUAUGUAUACCGUUUACACAUAUCCAUUUAAAACUACCUCAAACUAUUUCUUAUUGGCAUUACAGAAUAAAAUAUUUUAACUUGUAUUUUACUCUAAAAAUAUUUUAAA